GUUUAUCGUGCGAGAGUGUUUGAAUGGUUUAGCGUCCUGUAGGAGUAAUCCCUGAACAUUUUUGGAGUUUACCUCUCAUCUUUCGUUGACUCUCGGACGUUUGUAAAAUGUCCGGGUUUCAGAAUCUUUCAGACACCCAGCAGCUGAUGGUGAUAAAAGAAGAGGUUCUCCCUGAGCAACAGGAGAGGAGCUCCAGUAUGAACCAGGAGGAGCCACGAGAAGCAGCACAUAUUAAAGAGGAACAGGAGGAACUGUGGAUCAGUCAGGAGAGAGAGGAGUCUGGUAUCAGAUUGUUCACAUACACUUCUGUCUCUGUAAAGAUGGAAGACGAGGAUGGAGAGAAACUUCAGUCCUCACAGCCAAAUGUAAACCAAAGUGAAGAGAACACAGACACAGAGCAUUUGAAAACAGAAUCUUAUGGAGAGAACUGUGGAGGAUCAGAGGCAGACAGAGACUCUCAUCCAGGCAGUCAUUUACAGUCAGUUACUCCUGACAAGACUUCAGACCUUUCUGGAUCUGAGACUGAUGACAGUGCUGAUUGGGAGGAGAGUGAUGAAGCUAAGGAAAGUUUAGAGCCUCUGCAAAACAAAGAUGUAGCUGUAAGUGAUACAAAAUUUUACACUGGAAGCACAUCAGUAAUCUCCUCUGAAUGUGCACCAAGCUUUGGAAAGAAGAAUCAGAUGAAGAAAUGCAACAGAGCAUAUAUGGGGGAGAAAUCCUUUAGUUGUUCAGUCUGUAAAAAAUGUUUUCCUUUGGAAGAAAUGCUGGUGAUGCACAAGAGAGUUCAUUCACAAGAGAAGCCAUUUAGCUGCACAGUUUGUCACAGAAAAUAUUUUCACCAAAGAGAUCUGAAGAGGCACUUGACUGUCCACACAGGGGAGAAACCAUUUAGCUGCUCAGUUUGUACAAAACGAUUUUCUCAGAAAGGACAUCUGAUACAACACCUAAUUGUCCACACUGGGAUGAAAACAUUUAGCUGCUCAGUUUGUAAUAAAAGAUUUUCUCAAAAGGCUCAUGUGAAUAAACACCUGACUCUUCACAUGAGGGAAAAACCAUUUAGCUGUUCAGUUUGUGGUAAAAGAUUCCCUCGCAAAGAACAUCUGAAUCAACACCUGACUGUCCACACAGAGGAAACCGCAUUUAGCUGUACAGUUUGUCAUAGAAGUUUUUUUCAACAAAGUAAUCUGAAGAGGCACCUGACUGUCCACACAGGGGAGAAACCAUUUAGCUGCUCGGUUUGUAAUAAAAGAUUUUCUCAAAAGACUCAUCUGAAUAAACACCUGACUCUUCACAUUAGGGAAAACCCAUUUAGCUGCUCAGUUUGUCAUAGAAUUUUCUUUCACCAAAGAAAUCUGAAGAGACACUUGACUGUCCACACAGGGGAGAAACCAUUUAGCUGCUCAGUUUGUGAUAAAAGAUUUUCUCAAAAGGCUCAUCUGAAUAAACACCUGACUCUUCACAUGAGGGAAAAACUAUGUAGCCGUUCAGUUUGUGGCAAAAGAUUUCCUCGUAAAGGACAUCUGAAUCAACACCUGACUGUCCACACAGGAGAAAAAACAUUUAGCUGUACAGUUUGUCAUAAAAUUUUCUUUUACCAAAGUAAUCUGAAGAGACACUUGACUGUCCACACAGGUGAGAAACCAUUUAGCUGCUCAGUUUGUAAUAAAAGAUUUUCUCAGAAGACUCAUCUGAAUAAACACCUGACUGUCCAUGUGAGGGAAAAAAACAUUUAGCUGUUUAGUUUGUGGUAGAAGAUUCAAUAACAGAGGAAGUCUGGCGCAUCACAUUAAUGUGCACACAUGAGAGCAGUACUUUUGUUGUUCAUUUAAAAAAUAUAUAUAUUUUCCUCUGAAACAAACAUUGGUAAGGCACAAGAGAGUCAAAAUGCAGGAGAAACUAUUAAGCUGUUCAGUUUGUGGUUUAAGAUUUAUCUACAAUGCACAUCUGAGGAGACACUUGCCUAUCCACACAGAGGAUAAACCGUUUAGUUGUAUGGUCAUGGUUGCAUCAGUGAUGUUUAUGAGCUCUGAACACAUUACCCCAAUCCAUCUACUGUGAGUAAGAGUUAGUACAUAUUUUCUGUCAUUAUGUUAAAAGUAUGUAAUAUUUCCACAGCAUCUAUGAUUUCAGUGUUUAAGGAAUUAAAUACAAACUAUGGUUAAAAACUGUUACAUUGCAAAGGACUGCACCAGCAUAUUUCUCAGGAAUGUAGGUUAUGAAAAUUAUGAGACGAGUAGUGGUCCAACCAAUCAAACAUAAGCCUGUAUCAGAGUGAAUGUGCUAUGUGAAGUGUAGCAAUCAGACAUAAAGCUACAAAGUUAUGAUCUCAAAGAGAAGAGUUUGAAGGACUCGAGUCUGUAAGAUUCUUGACAGAGGGAGAGCAAAGGGGCCCGUGUGGUUCUUCUGCCCCUGCUGUGAAUCAUGCAAGAUUGGGUUACUUCUGGACUGGACUGUUAAAAGAUUUUCAUCAAGGAUUUUGAUCUUUUUGAAAUGCCUUUGUACACUUUCUUUAAACUUUCAUGUUCAGAAGACUCCUUUCUCAGUUAAAAAAAGACCUCUGUGUUUUUCUUGUCCUGUCUUAACAAUUAAAGGACAAUGUUGGGCAUUCCCUUGUAAUCA